AUGAGAACUACCUAUGUGAACAGUUACGUGACUAAGUACAAAUGCUGCGAGAACUGGUACCCCAAUGCGGAUGGUACCAACUGUGAUAUACCAAUCUGUGAUCAGCGCCGAGGUGAUGACGCCGGCACCUGUCAAAAUGGCGGGACUUGUACAGAGCCAGGGAUUUGCAUGUGUCCCUUUGCUGAGGGACUAAACCAGUACGACUGCUCAGAUGUUAACGAAUGUGAAUUCAUCAAUGGCGGCUGCAGUCAUGACUGUGUGAACACAGCUGGCUCCUACCACUGCGCAUGUCCCGACGGUUUCGCGCUGUCUACUGACGACAAAAGCUGUGUCCCGUCAUGUUUCGGCUUCAUUCCUGCCGGACGAUGUCUUAACCGAGGGAAAUGUAUAGCGCCCGAUCAGUGUCAAUGUCCUCACGGUUUAAUUGAACCUGAUUGUAAAGAUUUGGACGAAUGUGACACCGAUGCUAACACUUGUAGUCACAACUGUAACAACUACCCCGGGGGAUUCUACUGUACCUGUCCCGACGGCAGUGAACCAGACGACGGGGAAAACUGCCAAGAUAUUGAUGAAUGUAUUAACGAAAAUGGCGGAUGUGCCCAAGUUUGUGAGAACACGGAAGGAUCGUACAGAUGUGCGUGUGAGGAUGGAUUCGCCAUGUCGAACACAUCAACAGGAGUUGGAGAGUGUUUGCCCGUGUGUUACGACAAGCCCCCGGGUUUAUGCAGCAAUGGUGGUACCUGUGUUGAGCCCGACGAGUGUGAAUGUCCGCCAGGAUUUCAAACGCCUCAGUGUGACGACAUCGACGAGUGCGGGACGAGCACUCACGACUGUGAACAACAUUGUGUGAACUCACUUGGCGGCUUCCGCUGCACCUGUGAUGAAGGAUACGCGCUGUCAACUGACAACAGGAGCUGCACACCCGCAUGUUUUGACGAAGAACCUGGCGUAUGUCCAAACCACGGAGUGUGCGUCAGACCCGGGGAGUGCCGGUGUGGGGCGGGGUAUGCCCCUCCCCAGUGCGAUGACGUCGACGAAUGCAUGCUGGAUCAGGACGACUGCGAUCAGCUUUGUGUCAACGUUAAUGGCACCUUCACAUGCGACUGUCGGGACGGAUUUCAGCUGACGGACGACAACAAAACUUGCAUUCCUGUGUGUUUUGGAGAGACACCCGGAAAUUGUCCAAAUGGAGGAUCCUGUCAGGCCCCCGAUGAGUGCACGUGUCUCUAUGGUUACAAGCCGCCAGAUUGUCAAGACAUCAACGAGUGUGACAUAACAGCGCAGGAACAGCCGCCGUGUGAACAGGUGUGUGUGAACACCCCGGGGUCAUUCCUGUGUGAGUGUGAGGAGGGGUUUGCGGAAGAUGAGGACGGGGCAUGUCAGGCCUUGUGUGUGGCAGAAGAAUUACCAGGCCGGUGUCUGAAUGGCGGGAUUUGUGUCUCCCCGGGGGUUUGUGAAUGUCUGGACGGUUAUGAGGGUGAUACCUGUUCAGAGGCCACGUUUUGCAAGGUGAAUAACGGCGGUUGUUCUCACGAAUGCAUCAUGGUACCUGGAGGGUAUAACUGCUCAUGCCCUGACGGUUACACACUGACUGAGGGCACACAGUGUGAAGAUGUGGAUGAAUGUCAGGGUGAUCGCAAGUGUCAACAGAACUGUACCAACACUCCGGGGUCAUACGAGUGCAGCUGUCAACCUGGCUACGUGCAGAGCAACAAACAUAUGUGCAUGGGUAGUGUACCAGUUAUCUACGCUCCAAAGAGCCGUGUGCGGUUAAACCGUGUCAGCAUAACGGGAAAUGUGAUCCUCUGUGGGACGGUGGUUAUAGCUGUGACUGUACCGGGACCGGGUACACUGGGGUCCACUGCGAGUCAGGGGUGA